AUGAACCUGGUGCUGGACCCGGCCGAGGGCAGGCACGGGCUCUACCUCGGCAACAUCGAGGCCGCGCACUCGGUCAACACCCUCCGCCAGAAGGACAUCAAGGCCGUGCUGACUGCCGCGGAGUACUCGGGAGUGAAGUACAGCAAGGGCGAAGGCAUCACGCAUCUCAUCAUCCCGGCCGACGACAUCCCCAGCUACAACAUGGCCCGGCACUUCGAGCGGGGCAUCAAGUUCAUCCGCGAGCAGCUGGCCCAGGGCUGCGUGCUGGUGCACUGCUUCGCGGGCAUUUCCCGCAGCAGCACCCUGGUGCUGGCCUACCUGAUCCGCGAGCACAGGGUCAGCCUGGUCAGAGGCAUCGACAUGCUCCGCAGCCGGCGGCCUAUCGUCUGCCCCAACAUUGGUAAAGAACUCAAGCGACGGCGUGAGGCCGAGCAGCCCAAGGAGGACAAGCUCGAGAUCGUGGCCCUGCAGCCCCCCACCCAGACCAAGAAGGGCCUGCACCCCAACCUGCUCCACAGCCCCGAGACGGCCCCCGAGCCCAAAUCCCGGACGCUAGGCAAGUACAAGCCCGGCAGCUUCAGCAGGUCAGGCUCGAUAAAUGCCAGGCUGCUCUGGCGCCCCAAGUGA